AUAACAACAAAAUGUCGUGCCUGAUUUUGCGUUUAAACUUUAACCCAAACGGCAAACGUGCUGUUGUCUGUUCAAUACAAUCGGUAUCGAUAGUGACUGAUGAUUGAUGAGGAAUGAUUUUCUAAUGGAACAGACAACAGUGAACUGAAUGUAUUGUUUUUUUAAGUAAUUGUUUUGCAAGGACCGCGUUAGUAUAAAACGUUUAAUUUAGAAUCGUUAAACUACUAAAUUAACAUGUAAACAUUUUGCUGCUACUUAACAAAUUUCGUAAUUUUUGAAGGUGAUAUCGUGCGUUAUAUUUUAGUAAUUACAGAGCGAAUUAAAAUGACAACCAUAGACUACGUCAAAACAGUCGUACGAAGUGUAAUGACUAGUUUGCCUGGUUCAAUUACUGUGGGGCAGUUAAUGACAGAUUAUAAAAAUUUAGAAGGAGAGGCAAUACCAUUUAAACGAUUGGGCUAUACAACAAUUUUUGAAUUGCUUAAGGAUUUGAACGAUGUCAUAAAAUUACCACCAAAUCCAAACAUGUAUUCUCUAUUAAGUGUUAUUGUGAAUGAAAAAACCACACACUUGAGGGAACUUGUAACUAAUCAGAAGAGAAAAAAAAGUCGUCCUAAAAAUGUUGGAAUUUUAAGAAGAUACGGCAACUUUAAUUCUUGUUCAUCUCUCUCUUAUUCUUCAAGAGAUUAUAACUGUUAUAGUGCACGUGGCUACAAUCAUGUAAAUACUUAUGCAAAUCCGUCUUAUCACUCUAUUGUUUCUGAUAGACUCAAAAAAUUCAUAGAAAUAGAAUGCACAAAACAGCCAGAUGGUAUACCAUUAAAUAUAUUUAUGCAAGUUUUGCUGAGACAUCCUGAUUAUAAACUAAUAAAUACAGCUAGUGUUCAAGACGCUAUAAAUAAAUUGAAAUAUUUUAUAUAUAUUCAGAGAAGCCAUGUAUACCUUAAAAGUUGUAAUCCGAUGAUGAAUAACAGUUAUAAUUCCUAUGAAAAUACACCUAAAACAAUACGAGCGGUAUCUCUAAACAAUAUUUCUAAUGAUGAGGAAUAUCUAAAUGAAACAGACUAUUUCGAUCCAGAUUUUGAUGAUAUUGAUGAUGAAGAAUUAAGAGAAGAAUUGAAAGAACAAGACUUUCUAGCAAAAGCGAUUAAACCAAUGGAUGAUUCAUCUAAAAGUGAUGAUUUCCAGAAAAGUACUUGCAGUGAGAAUUCAGAUGAGCACAGUUCAAAUGUAUCACCAAACUCUAAAUCCCAAGAAAACCAUAAAAUUAAAAAAACUAAAAGCCUUACAGAAUUAAAUAAUGGAUUGGCAAGACCUAAUGGGAGUAAUAAAAUUUCAAAGCAAAAUAGUCAAAUGACAAACACAUCAUUCAGCAUGAAAAAUAUUACUCAACAUGUAAAAUCUCAAUUAAAAAAUAAUAAUAUUCAAAAUAAAUCUAAUGAGGAAAACGAGAAUUCUCCAAAAACGGACAUGGACUACAAGGAAGCUAUAAUUAAAAUAUUAUUGAAUAGUUAUAAACCAUUGACUGUAACCGACGUAUUGGAAAAGUUUUUACAAUUACAUGGAUUUGAAUUUCCUUUUCAAAAAUUGUCUUGUAGAACAGCCAUGGAUUUUUUCCGCCUUUAUCCUGCACACUUUAAAUUACAAAACCAGUACUCUACCAGCAGUAUUGUCAAUUUAGCUGAACCGUCAAAACAAGCAACGAAAAAAAGUACCACCUCUAUUAGAUUAAGGCUUACUAAAUAUGCUGUUGAUAAAGUAACACCAGAAGUUGUAUCUGAAUUUAUGGAAUUAAAAACAAGACGUGAAAAAAUACCUUCAACAUUACCCGCGGCAAAAACAAAUAGUCCUACCCAUUCUGUAGAAUUGAUUAGUGGCAAAUGCGAUUCAACAUCAAAUAUUUCAAGAUUCGAAGAGUAUGAUUCUCAUAUGAUUAGUGAUAAAAUGAAAGAUAAAAUGCGUACACUUCUUUCUAAGUAUAAAGAUGGUAUAAAAAGUAAUGAGUUCAUUGAUAUGUAUGAAAAAAUGUAUAAAAGUAAAUAUACUUUUCACGAGUAUGGUUUCAAAAGUAUGAGUGAUAUGGCGCUCAAGUUGCCGUCGGUAUUUCAUGUGGAAAUAGUAGAUGAAAGUAACGAAUGCAUUCUGUUCCAUGCAGAUAGACGAAGUGAACAUAAAUUUGAUACUGCACCAAGCUCAAAAAAUAUUCCUAAGACUAUUUUAUAUAAUCUAUCAGUUUUAUUCAACAAACAUCGAUUUGGAGUUCCUCUCAGCGAAGUAACUCAACUGUAUUACACAGAGUUUGGCAAAAACUACAACGAUCCAAUAAAAUAUGGAUUUUCCUCUGAUAAACAAAUGUUUGAAUCGUUAAGUGAUAUGGUUGAUAUUCAAAACAAUAUGCUUAUAACAAAAGAUCCUGAUGCCUAUAUUGAUUUCUUGGACAAAUCUGAAUUAUUUGAAGAAAAUCAUGAUCCUAUUCGUCCUGCUUUACCGGAGAAUUCAUUUUUUAAUACUUUCGGUAAAGAAAUUUGUAAUGAUAAAUUCAAAUUUGUCCAUUUGAGUUUACCAAAAGGAAAAAUGCACAAUGUAAAUAUGGCUGAAAUUUACAAUCCUUAUUCAUUUUAUGUAAACUUAGCUAUUUAUGCAAGUGAUUUAGACAGAAUGAUGGAUGAUUUGCAAGAAUUCUAUAAUUCGAAUCAAAAUGAUUAUGAGAUUCCACCAGGUUUAAUAUCAGAGGGCGUACCGUGUGUGUGCAUUUUCGAAGAGUCUGUACUUUGGCAUCGUGCCGUUGUCUUGAAGGUCAUUGAUGAAAACAGUGUACGGCUGUUUUAUGUGGAUUUUGGAUCAAUAGAAAACGUUCAAAAGUCACAAAUCAGAUUAUUAGUAUCGUACUUCGGUACUUUACCUGCUCAAGGAAUACAUUGUAGCCUUUUUGGCCAUGAGUCGACACAAAAGAUUUCUAGAGAAACAAACGAACUCUUUGUAAGUUUGGUUACUAAUAAAAUCAUGACAGCUCAGCACAUAAAGAAAGUCACAUCAGAGUACUGUAAUUUUCCUAAAUAUAUUGUAUCCAUGGUAUACAAAAAUAAUCAACAAAAAAUCAAUUUAAAAAACGAAAUAAUGAAAACCAUUUCAGUAAGGCCAAAUGAACAAAUGAUUUCUAUCAGACAAAAAAUAGCUGCAUUUUUGUCUGAUGUAUAAACUAUUUAUACCGAAUGGAGCAGAGACAGAGCAGUAUUAGAACAAUAUUUAGUCCAGUGUCCAAUAUUGUCAACUUAACCAAUUAAUAAUGAUAUAAUUUGGUAAAACAUUUAUUAUCAUUAGUUUUUUUUUUUUUUUGUAUUUCCAUUUUUUCCAUACUAUCUAAAGAAAUCUCUUAUGUUUGUAACCAACAAAUUGUUAAGUUCAAGGGACUAAAAGGCAACAACUUUUUUAUUAUUUGUUUAAUUGUGACUGACAUAAUAUGUUGAUAUUAAAUUAUUAGUUAAUAUAAUACAAAUUGUAUUGACAAUUAGCUUUUUUGUUAUGCUAUGUUCAAAUAGUUGAUUUUUUUUUUAUAAUUUAGGUGAUACUUAUGAUUCUGUUUUUGUUUUGUUAAUUAUACAUUAUUUAAAAUAAAUUUACAUCUUAAUAUAUUAUUUCGUGUUGGUACAUCAAUAUUGUGAUACCUACAUGUUAGUUCAUCAACCGACAUAUCGCAU